CACACACACAAACAUACACACAAACACGUACACACUUGGUGACGAGUUUUCGGAACGUUUCUGGUUCCUAGUCGCGAUGACCGGUCGGUUGAAACCGUACGCGGCGCGGAGCGACUCGAUGGCACCUAACCGUGGUCGACGGUCAAGGGUACGACGAUGCGUUACCAUAAUUUAAAUCGAACACCUGUAUAUAAUGGAUAUAAUAUUUUCAAAUGCUUAUAUUAUAAAACAUGUGCCUAUACGCCGUCGUAUCGAUCAAGUCCGACUUGUAUGAUGUAGUAUUAUUGUAUACAGGGCGAUUAUAAACACCAACCAUGCUAUCGCUAUUAUUAUAACACCUAUAAUUAUUGUAUUAACGUGGACAGAAUGAUUUUUAUUUUUAAAACUUAAAUGUGAAUGAAAUUCGAACGAGUAGUUUCUGAGUUUUCAAACUAUAGUCCCGAUAUCGUUUUGCUCAUAGUUUAGUUCACAUGUCAAUCAGGUUAGAUGAUUUAUCGACAUUUUAAAAAUGCAAUUUACAGUAAAAAAAAGGGUGAUUAUCGUUUGAAAAACAUAAGUUUGUACCGCUACAGCCCACAGGAUGCCCAUAAAAUGCCAUAUGAAAAUAUAACGAUUCUAAAAAAUUCCGAAAGUCAGAAUUUUGACGAACGCACGUGGACUAAAAUAGGGGUGAGCGAUGAGCAUCAUAUACUCUAUGAGUCACCCUGUGUAUAAUAAUAAUAUGUAACUACGAUAUUAUGGCUUCCGAGGGCGGCGGCAAAUCAUAAGUCGUCGUCGUCGUCGUCCUAUGUCGUUGUUCAGUCGGUCGAUCGAUGGGUAAGUCGGUCGGUUGGUCGGUCGGACGGUCGGUCGGUCGGUCGGUCGGUCUGUUUGUCUGUCUGUCUGUCUGACGUACACGUAACGACCGCGUUUCAGGAGUGACCAUGGAGGCAGUGUUGGACGAGUUUUACGCGCAGAUCGUGGCCAAACUGGAACGCGAUGAGCUGAUACCGGCCUACAAGCGGUCGAUGCACCGCGAGUACCUGGCCACCGUGGUGGACGGGCUGUGCGGACCGUGGUGCGGCCGGGACAGGCGCCGAGCUUGCGAGGCAGCGGUGGCCGGGGCUGUGGCCUACCACGGCCGCGCGGUCCGCGACAACGGGUCAGUGUGCCCGCUUGGCAAACACCACGACAUGCUGUACGUGAUGGCCCGCUUGGCCAUGGACGCGGACGCCAGUCCCGAACCCGUGGCCGCGCUGUUGACCGCCAUUUACACGUGCGAGAAAACGUUGGAAAAGCUUUUCGAGGGCGCCGUGGUGGGCAGCAAAGUGGCGCGCAUGAUCAGCGGCCGGUGGACUGACUUCGGGGCGACCGUCGCAGACAACCGGACGGCGCUGGGAUUCUAUAUGGACCGGGCGACGCGCGCGCGACUCCGGCUUGACGGCCGUCGAAUGCAGGACGUCUGGAUGCGGUCGUAUCGGGCGGCGCCCAUCAUGGUGGCCGCGGCCACGGGAGACGUGGCCGCCGUGGCCAUGCUGUUGCGGUACGGCCCGGACGAGCGGUCGGUGCGCGCGGCCAUCGCGUACCUGCGCCGCCGUUCCGCCGACCGGGACCGCGGUCCGCCGUUCCCCGAUCGCGUCCAGUCGUGUCUGGAACUGCUUCUCAGGGCCGUCGCCUGUGAUGGCGGCGGGCGCGGCAGUGUCAGUGGCGACGAGGACCGCUGCGGCGGCGGGUACGGCAGUGGCGACGAUUAUGGCGGAUGCGGCAGCAGCGGCGUCAAAGUCGUUCUGGUGCCGCCGACACUGCUGCACCUGGCCAGGUGCGCCGUGCGCAACGCGUUGCACCAAAACUUCAAUCUACCGCACGGCAUACCGCAGUUACCCGUGCCCAGGUCAUUGGUAUCUUAUUUAGACCUCGAGUGUUGAUCCACAGCGUUCUACUCUCCCCCACAUCCGUCAAGAAGCCGUUCGUUCCACCAACCAUCAAAUAUCCGUUACACACUCUUAGUUGUACCGUAUACGAUCGCAGGUCGUUCAAAUAAAAAUAACGUAAUAAUACACACUAAGUUCGUUUCCUAAUUUUUUUUUUCGUCAUCUUCUCAUCUGUUUCCAAUAGUUUCGUUAGAUAUGGUCUCAGAAAUAAUCGGAAUAUCACGUCGUCCGUUAAUUAGGUUAGGUAGUGUUAACACCGCGUAAGUAACCAUAAUCGUAACACCGCAGCCGUGGUCGGAGGCGCUCUACUCGCACGAGGACUUUCCACGCGUAGAAUAAAUGAGUUAACGACGUACAUUAAGUCUCGUUGUUUUCAUUAAUUAAAACGUCUAUUUAUUUUGCUAAGUGUACGGCGGCUCUUAGGUAUUGCAUUCGAUGAAUUUAUACAGCGCAGUAAUAAAUUACCCACCCAAUGAGUGAAGUAAUAAACUACGGUGACUAUAGAGUAGGUACAAAAUAAAUAAAUAAUUGUGGUACCUGCAGUCAAUAUUGAUACAAUUAAUAAUUGUACUGCUCGUCGCUGUGUAAUACUUUCUAUUAUUAUUAUUUAAUAUAAACAACGGAGAUGAAUAAUGUAAACGGAUAGAGGUGCCCUGUGUACUGCUCUGUGCGAUGCAUAUAAUGUGCAUAAUUGUAUGUAUUAUAAUCGUUCGUAUUGUAGCUUUGGUUUCACGAUCGAAUAAAUUCUUCACUGUGAACUUUCGAACCAUCGCGUUGUCGACGGGUUAAUAAUUUUUUUAUUGAUAUCACUGGCGAGAACCGUUUUAUUAUUUCGACAUAUUUUAUACCUAAUAUAAAAUAUUAUGAUACCUUUUGAAAAGUUUUAUUUUAUUAUGUGUGAUAUUCAGGGUAACGUUAGUCAGUAGAUAGGUAUACUCAUUAGCAUAGAAAUUGAUUUUGAUAUAUUUUAUUAUAAUAUAUUAUAUAUUAUCAUAAUAUUAUUAUUUACCUAUGUAUGUACAUACAUUUAACGAUGGACAAUAUAAACAUUAUUAUUAUGUCAUGUAUAUAAAUAUGUAUGUAAACUGAAAAAGAUUUUAUUUGUUUAAAUAAACGAUUUGCA